UACACAUCACUUCAUGGAGUGGUGUGGUUACGUCUAUCACUCACCACCCAUUUUCUUAAGGUCACCCCCGUUAUCUCGGUUUUCCCUUCCGAUUCUUCCUUCACCAUUUGCUCCGUUAAAUCACUGUCUUAGUGUUCUGUCACUGUGAUUUUGAUUCCCUCCUUUAAACAAUGAACAAACAUCAACAGAGUUUCACGGCGGCGAAGAACGGUCCUUCGCCGGCGACCGCCGACCAAAUAUAUGAACGGCGGAAAACUCCGACGAACAUACUGUCUCUAGACCCCGACAUCGUGUGCACCAUUUUCGCUUUCCUCGACAUGUUCGACCUCGUUCGUUGCUCCCUCGUUUGCAAACUCUGGAACGCCAUCGUCGAGUCCCGCUCGCUGCGAGAGUUUUGUGAGAGGAACAUAAAGAAUUCGUCGUCUGAAUUUACCGAAAAGCCCUUGAGGGUCAUUUUAGGAGAGAUGGUUAUGGAGCAGCAUAGAUUGGCUCUUCUAGAUGGUGGCUUUUACGUUGAUCAGUGGAAGGGUCAUUCAACAACGGUUGCUCAGUGCCGAAUGAAAAUGGGCGUGCUAGGUACUGGCGUGGGUGAUAAGGUUAUUCGUCUCUGGUCUUUAGACAGCUACAAAUGCAUAGAAGAACACUCAAUGCCAGCUAUAUUCCCUUUAAUUGACUUUGAUUUUGAUGAGAGCAAGAUUGUUGGUCUAAUUGGUAGCCAUUUAUGCAUAUGGAGGCGGAAUGGGAAAAGAAGCAUAUUUCCUUCACUUGGAGGCAAAUUUGUAAAAGGUUCAUGCAUGCGCUAUGUUGAUCCAGAAGCUGUGGUUGGGUGUGAUGAUGGAGCCGUUCGUGUUUUUGACAUGUACAGUAGGAGAUGUUCUCAAAUAUUAAGAAUGCACCCUGUACCAAUAACAUGCUUAUGUUUGAACGAAGAUCGAUUGAUAGUAAGUGGCUCCACUUCAGGGGAUAUAAGAAUAUCAGAUCCAUCCUCUGUUCAACAGGUAGCAACACUUAGAUCAAGUGAUGUCAGAGGCAUAAGGACCAUGUGCUUCAAUCCCUCCUCUCAGCUACUAUUCGCAGGAUCAGCUGUUGGAUGUGCAUAUUGUUGGGACCUUAGAACAAGGAAACUGUUGUGGAGCAGCCGAGUGUGUCCUAAUGUUAUAUACUCCCUACAGCACAUGCAAAAUGACACAUCAACAUUAGUCGUUGGUGGAAUAGAUGGUAUCUUAAGAUUGCUAAAUCAGAACGAUGGCAAAACUGUUGCUUGUUUUUCUAUGGAUGAUAAAUUGUUAUCAACCUUUCAAAGUCCUUCUGGUUCCGUUCAAAGAAUAAAAGGGCAGAGGUUGCCCGAGGAUGACUUAAUAAAUAUUGAGCACCUCGUUUGUAUAACUGAUCGACCUUCUAUUACCUGCCUCGCUGUUGGAAUGAAGAAGAUUGUUACCACACACAAUACCAGUGACAUCAGAUUAUGGAAAUUCAGAAGCUGACAUUUCUUUGUAAAAUUAAGUAUUUAAUUUUCCGAAUAGUGUUUGUAAAUAAUUAUCUUUUUGAAGAGCUGUAGUGUGACGAAGAAAAGUUUAUCGUUCUAAAUAAUUAUCACUAUUAUAUAAUCCAUGAAUUUUAUCAAGCUA